AUGACUUCCUCCUUGUCGUCGCUGCCUUUGGAGUUAGUAAAAGAUAUAUUUUCUAGGGCUAGGGUUCCGAUCGAAUUGUUGGCACGAUUCAAAACGACAAGCAAAGAAUGGUACGCUUUCUUCAACGACAAGAAAUUCAUCUACAAACUCUUAGAUCCCUCCCAGGAACGAUUCAUACAAGUUGAUGAAUUUGAUCGUAAAUCGAUUCAAAUCUUCAAUCCUGAGACCAAAGCUCUAUUGCGUCUACCAUUCUCAGACGAGUCACACAAUUAUGUUGUUAGUGAAACGAUGCACUGCGACGGGUUAUUGCUAUGUGAGUGUAUCGAGAGAGGUACGUAUUAUGAUGAUGAUACAUUUAAGCUCGCUGUUUGGAAUCCGAUUUUGAGAGGAGUCACAUGGAUCGAACCCUCGAAUUCUUACAGACGUUCUGAUGUCCACGGUUUUGGAUAUGAUAAUGUAUCCCGUGACAACUACAAGAUCUUGAGGAUCAAUAAAGACGAAUUACCAUCAGAGAUUGAGAUAUAUGAGUUUAAGUCUAAACUCUGGAGAAGUGUUGAUGCUACUCUCGAAUGCGAUCAUAUGUGGGACUCUGCAGUGUCUAUAAAUGGAAACAUGUUCUGGAUUGCUCGAACGGUUAACUCUGAAAUCUUCAUCCAAAGUUUUGAUUUUCCACGGAAACAUUCAAGCCCAUAUGUGGUCUUCCAAAGGAAACUAAAUGGUAUAAAAACAGACUACACCUGUCAGGUUUCGGAGGAGAUAAGCUUUCUUUAUUACAUCAUCAUAUAA